GAAUUGCUUCACUUUAAAGUAAUCAAAUGUAUAUAGCUUUUUGCUGAACAGUAAACUUGUGUGUAGUUGUUAUGUGUAUGAACCUAUACAGUCUUACAAGAGGCCAUUCAAUAUAGUCACAUAUUAACAAAAUGGCUACUCUGGACUAGCGGGUGUUUCGGUGGCGUUGGUUUUAUUCAGAAGGCGAAGUGCAUUCAAAAGCUUCGACGUCUUUAAUAAGUUUAAAAUUGUUAUUGAGUACCGCAAAUCGUUUCGCUGUGACUAGUGACGACCACGAUAUUGCUAUAAUUAAUCGGAAUCAGACAUGAAAUCGGUUGGCGUAUAAUGGAGAAAGCUUUCAUAAUGAAUGAUGAAAAGGGUGAAAUUAGAGCCAUUUUAUGCUACCUUUGGAAAAAAGGACUGAGUGCAAAGGUAGCAGCAGAAGAAAUUAAUGAUGUGGAAGGCCCAGGAACUGUUGACGAACAUAUGGCACAAAAGUGGUUCAGACGUUUCAAGGAAUGCAACAUCAGCCUCAAAGACAAACCAAGGUCAGGGAAACCUUCUGUUGUGGAAGAUGAAACUUUGCUUGAAGUGGUUGAACAACCAAACACAAGCACUCGUACGUUGUUGGCAGAACGUGGUCCUUCACAAGUUCCUCAUGAACUGACUAAUGACCAGGUUCACCAGUGUGUGAAAAGAACAAGGGGGAAGAGAGAAAAAAGAAAAAAGGAGAGAGAAAAAAAGUAAGAAAGAGAAUAGAAAGCGAGAGGAGAGACAGUAAAAGGGAAAGGAAUGCAACAAAGGAGAUAAAAAGAAAGCAUGAUAUUCUUUCAGUUUAUUCUCCCAAAGUCAAAGAGGAAAGUAAUCCUUAGUAACUGGUAUUGAUGUUUUGAAAAAAGAAAGACAACAUUGAAAACUUUUGAAAGCAAGACAUUCUUUUUUCAAAAUUGAAAUCAGUGCACUUUAAAUAGGAGCACCCCGCCAACAUUUUUAUUAUAAAUGAAAAAAACAAAACAAAUCCAGUUUUGUAGUGGUGGGGAAUAAAACUUUGAAAACCUUUUUUUUGAGGAGAGGGGUCAAGCCUUAAUUUCCAUUACUGAAAACAGAAAUUUAUAUUAAUUUCUUGUGUAUCCUAAUUUUGUAAUUAUUGAAUCAAUGGUGUAUAUUCCUAA